AUGGAGUUACCAAUCCUUCUAUGACACGAAGUAUUUAGCUCAUGUUUAAAACAGCAAGGAGUGAAACCGGAUUCUAAAUAGAAAUAUUUCGGUGUCAUCAUUACCGCUACAAUCCAUGGUCAAUAGAGAAGUAAAGGAGCCCUUCAAGAGACAUCAUGCCUAUCCACACUUUCAUAAAAUCAAUGUGUACACAACUGGCAUGCCACUAGAAAGCAUUUUAAACAUGGUUGGAAAUAAACAGCCAAAAUCGAGAAAAAAAAAAGGCUAUUCCCGACCUUGAGAUUAAAAUCCAACUGACGCAUCUUCUGAUUAUAUUUCUGAAAAUCAGAGCAAAGAGCUUCAUGAACAGCCUUCUCAAGUGCAGCGACAGCUAGGACAGCAUCAUCAGGCCAAACAAUGUGCUCACCCCCCUACACAACAAUCAAGCUCCCAGAAGUUGACUGAGAAAGUUGUAGAAGAAAAUGUCUCAAAAAGCCAAAUGAGGAAAAAACUUUCCAAGGUGGGAUAUUAUAUUACCCCAUGAACUAUAUCAUAAAUGACUAAAAAUUCCUAAACUAAACUAGGAAAAUCAAGACAACUACAUCGUAAAUUUUCCAUCAAUGGACUGAAUAGAGAGAGAGGGAGGGAGUGA